CUCCGUCCGCCGCCGCUCGCUAGUCUCAUGUCCAAGCUGCCCCGCAUCGUCCCGCUCCCGCACCGCCGCCCCAGCCCGGACCCACCCAUCACUCCGGCCUUCGCGGCCUCGCUCGCGCGCGUCCUCGCCGCCCGCGCCACCGACCCGACCUGGUCCCGCUCCCUCGCCGCGCUCCUCCCGCCCCCGCUUUCCGACGCGCGCCUCGCCGCCGCCGUCUCCUCCCUCGCCGACCCCGACCUUGCCCUCUCGCUCCUCUCCUGGUCCCGGGCCCACCACCGCUGCCACCAUGACGCGCCGACCCCGCUCGCCCACUCCGCGCUGCUGCGCCUCCUCGCCCGCGCCCGCCGCUUCGACGCCGCGGACGCCACGCUCCGCUCCAUGUCCCCCGCAGCGCCGCCCACGCGCGCCAGCCUCGGCGCGCUCGCCGCGGCGUACGCGGACGCCGGGUUGGACGGGAAGGCCGCCGAGACUUGCGCGCGCGCCAGGGAGCUGCACGGCGCGCUCCCGGAGCCGAGGCACUGCAACCGCCUGCUCAGGCUUCUCGUUGAGCGCCGGCGCUGGGAGGACGCCCGGAGGCUGUAUGACGAAAUGCUUGCAGAGGACGGCGGCGCGGAUAACUACAGCACCUGCGUGAUGGUCCGGGGGCUGUGCUUGGAGGGUAGGGUGGAGGAGGGGAGGAAGCUGAUUGAGGCGAGGUGGGGCGCGGAGUGCAUUCCCCACGUCGUGUUCUACAAUGUGUUGAUUGACGGGUACUGCCGGCGGGGGGACAUUGGGAGGGCAUUGCUGCUGUUGGGCGAUAUGGAGACGAAGGGAUUCCUGCCAACCGUGGUGACAUAUGGUGCUAUUAUCAACUGGCUUGGGAGAAAAGGUGAUUUGGACAAGAUUGGGUGCUUACUUCAGGAAAUGAGGGUGAAAGGGUUGUGCCCCAGUGUUCAGGUUUACAACACUCUGACUGAUGCACUGUGCAAAUGGCAGUCAGCAUCACAGGCAAUGGCUGUUCUGAAGCUAAUGUUUGCAAGUGGGUGUGACCCGGAUGUGGUCACAUUUAAUACUUUGAUAUCCGCGUUUUGCCGGGCGGGCGAUGUUCGACAGGCCGUGCAGCUUUUGAGGGAGGCCAUCAGGAGGGAGUUGGAACCGAAUCAGUUAAGCUAUACUCCUUUGAUCCACGGCUUCUGCAUCAGUGGACAAGUGAUGGUUGCAUCGGAUUUGCUUGUGGAAAUGAUGGGAAGAGGUCAUACUCCGGAUGUUAUUACAUUUGGGGCAUUAAUUCAUGGGCUUGUUGUUGCUGGGCAGGUGAAUGAGGCCUUGAUGGUCCGCGAGAAGAUGGCAGAGAGACAGGUGAUGCCUGAUGCUAACAUAUAUAAUGUACUGAUUAGUGGUCUAUGCAAGAAACGGAUGCUUCCUGCAGCUAAGAACCUUCUUGCAGAUAUGCUUGAGCAAAAUGUCCAACCUGAUAAAUAUGUGUAUACCACUUUGAUUGAUGGUUUCAUUAGGAGUGAGAAUCUCAAUGACGCGAGGAAAAUAUUUGAAUUCAUGGAGGAAAAAGGUGUCUGCCCUGAUGUAGUUGUCUACAAUGCUAUGAUAAAGGGAUAUUGUAAGUUCAGAAUGAUGAGUGAGGCAAUUCUGUGCAUGAGCAGCAUGAGAAAGGUCGGAUGUAUUCCAGAUGAGUUUACAUAUAGUACACUUAUUGAUGGCUAUGCUAAACAAGGUAACAUAAAUGCAGCUCUUAGGUUCUUAUGUGAUAUGAUGAAGCGGAGAUGCAGCCCAAAUGCUGUUACAUACUCGUCACUAAUAAGUGGAUACUGUAAGAUAGGUGAUAUGGACAGUGCAGAAGAUUUGUUUGAAAAUAUGCAGUCUGCAGGUCUAUUUCCUAGUGUUAUACACUAUACAAUUAUAAUUGGUAGUCUGUUUAAAAAAGAUGAAGUGAUCAAAGCUGCUGCAUACUUUGAAAACAUGCUUCUUAACCAUUGCUCUCCUAGUGAAGUUACGUUGCAUUAUCUAGUUAAUGGGCUCACAAAUAGUAUGCAUUGUAUAAUCAACCUAACCAGCCAUAGGAGCACUGUUAAGGUUCAUAACAAGAGUGCCCUUUUAGAUGUAUUCAAGGAAAUGGUUUCUGAUGGAUUGGACCCAAGGAUUUCAGCACUCAAUGCUAUCAUCUUUAGCCUAUGUAGACAUAAUAUGCUUGAGAAAGCACUGAACUUGAAAGAUGAGAUGGCUAACAAAGGCUACACGCUAGACCCAGUUACCUUCCUUUCCCUGCUAUAUGGCUUUUGUUCUAUUGGAAAACCAAGCAACUGGAGGGGCAUCCUUCCUAAUGAAUUUCAGCAGGAUGAAUUCGAGAUAAUGUUUAGGUACAAGGCAUUAUUCGAUCAGCAUGUAGUUAAGUCAGUUAGCCUUGAGGUCUAUAGGGUCUUGCAGUUAUAUGCUAAGGAUUUUCAGUUCAUACAACAACUGGAUCAGAGAUUUGUUUGUUCUUGACUCAUGGAGUCAUGGCUUGCCUGGAUUUUGGAAACAAGGUGUGGCCGUUAUUUGGAAUUUGACUUCAGAACUGGGUACUGAGCACGACAUCAAUAUUGCUGACAGAUAAUUUCCUCCAGCACUGAAUUUCAAGACUGGCAGUGUUAUUAGCAUGACAAGAUAUCCAAUUGAGAUCUUCUAUCUACUGAAGUCUGAAGGUUUGAUUGCUCUAAAGAAACUUUCGUCCAUAGUGACAGGCAUUGAAAUGUGAAAUCACAGACUGAUGGAUCCAGAGGUAAUUAGGUAUGCAACUGUUGAAGGUCGAGAAUGUUGAGCUUUGAUGAACUAAUUCCAAGCAAUUCUAUGAUGCUCUUGGUAAGAAAAUCAGUCUGCUUCCUCAUAGCACUCAGAACUAGGCAUGCAGGACAGUUGAUACUCCACCCAUGUAGUGUAGGACAUUAGCCUAAAUAAUACAAUCUGUAUAUAGUUGAUGAACAUAAUGAGUAAUUGACCAUAUAUUAAUAUGAGAGGCACUACACAGACUAUUCUUCACCUUAUCAUAACUAGAAGUAGGAGACAUGUAUGUCAAUUGAUCAAAUCCAGUUCUUUUGAUACAAAACUGUCUAUUGGGGACAAAAAGAACCUGAUAGAAGGCAGUUAAACUGAUCUAUACAGUUCUGGGCCUGUUCGGAAGUGAUGGCUGUUUCUGAGAACUUGAAUACUAAUUGCUGAUCUAACCAUAUGUGCAACAUUGCGGCUGUGUGCAGUGGAAUUUUGCUGGCAUUA